AUGCUGACGCUUCUCCCUUUACUGUAUGACGUGUGCUCAGUGCGUGCUCGCGAUGAGAUUGUUGCUGUAUUGCUCUUCGCUGCCGCUCCGAAACGGGUCCGAAGCGCAAAGUCGACGAUUGUGGCAGCACGUGCUUUUCUUGAGCUGUACAGUGCUUGGUUCGAGACGGUGAAGACAGAGGAUCACGUGCCGAGCCGUCUGGCGCGGGACCUUUUCCAUCAGGCGGAGCUUUUCCCCUCUGUUUCGCAAGUCUAUGAAAUGCUGCACUGUGCUCAAGAAUGUUCAGGAAGAGAGAGUCCCAAUAUCCUCACAUUUGGAGAAUUUUGCUGCUUUGCUACGGAAUUAAAGCGUUGUUAUGAUCACGAGUUACCCAAGCCUACUGCUCUCUCAAGAAUAAUGCCAGAAAGCAAUGGUCGGAUGAAAAAGCCAGAAAGGCAAAUUUCAAAGUCCUCUCCCAAGUAUGAAGUUUUCUUGGGAGGUUCCUGCAAUCCAACUACAUGGAGACAAGACACAGCUAUCCCAGUUCUCAAGCAACUGGGUAUCACAUAUUACAAUCCACAAUUACCACACUGGAAACCUGAAUACAUUGAAUUGGAGCACCAGGCCAAGGAAAAUGCCUCAGUCCUCUUCUUUGUCAUUGACAACCAAACAAGAGGUGUGGCCUCAAUGGUUGAGGUGGCAUACCUAGCUGCUCUUGGAAGGAAGCUUGUUGUUGUCAUAUCCCCAUAUGCUGGACCAGGUCAGGAAAUUGCUGGAGAGCCCAUUACAAAGAGGGAGUUUGAAGAUUUAAGCCAUGGGCAGGCCAUACUGCAUGAUCUGGUGGAACGUCAAGGGAUUCCCAUUUUUACCAACAUACGAGUUGCAUUGGAUUCCACGGCCACCCUAAUUAAAGAGAAUUUGAAUCUUCAAGAUCUUGGUCCCAGAAACAUGGUCAGUCCUGUCAAGAUGGGUCAUGUCCCUGUGGGAGACAAAAUUAUGAAAUACAGGGAAGCAUUUGAUGCUUUGGACACAAGUGGGAAGGGUGAAUUAACUCUUGAUGAUAUGUGUAUGGCAUUUCGAAUCUUGACAAAUCGCAACUUGACAAGUGAGGAGAUCCAGGAGAUAGUGUAUGGUCACAAGGGCAUUGGAUCUAUGGAGGAGAAGCAAAAUGUUGAUCCUCAUAGCCCAGCCAUCCAUGACUCAAUUCUAAUUGGUUUUGAUGAGUUUUGCACAAUAGUCUCUGAGUUCAAGCAGAAACAAACUGAGCACCAGAAGGUGUGGGACCAAUUCCUUGCCAAGACUGCUUCAGCUCUUGGAACACUGGCUAUGCCACUAGUCAAGGCUUUUGAGUGGGUCAUGCCAAAGAAAGCCUGGAAGCAGGCAAAUGGACGCCGGAGAAUCACUCGGGAUGUUUAUUUGGGUGGUUCGUGCAGUGAUGCAUCAUUGGCAUGGAGGGAAGAAAUCGCCAUUCCCAUGCUCAAGAAAAAGGGCCUGACCUAUUUUAAUCCCCAAACAUCACGUUGGCAGGAUAGAUUGAUACCAAUAGAAUCUGCAGCUAUAGACUCAUCCCGCGUCCUUCUAUUUGUCAUUUCAGACAAAACACGAGGAUUGGCCUCUAUGGCUACUGCAGCCCACUACAUUGGACUGGGAUGCCAUGUUGUUCUUUGUAUUCAGUUGCUUCAAGAGUUGUGCAAGAUUGGCGAUGAUCAGCUUUCAGCACAGGCAAUCAAGGAUUACAACAGAGGCCGGAUGUACCUGAGUGACAUGGCAACACGAGAUGGCAUACCUGUAUUUGAAUCUAUCUCCGAGGCUGUGGAAUGUGUUGUGAGGAAGUGUAAUGGCAGGUGAAUGCUCAUGACAUGGUGCUAUGGCUAAAUGUGGUGCUAUCAUGUUGAUGCUAUCAUUUUUAUGCUGUAGCUGAGAAAUCUUCACCUAUUUUUUCUCAGGGAUUUCAUUCUGUUCCACAUCAGCCUUUCUUGGUACACAAACAUAAAACAAGUGAAGUUGUAACUUUACUAUCUUGUUUGGAUUCUGCUCAGGCUAUCCCUUUUGCACAGUAUAAUUUUUUCUUCAAAUGAAUCUCAUCCUCUUAAUCUCUGAAUAACAAGAACCAGUGACAGGGAAAUCUUUAGGUCUGUUUCUUUUCUGAAUCUCUGUAUGGAUCUCACCUUCACUUCUAUGCUUACUUCAGAAAUGUCUUGCCAGAGUGGUUGAAUUCUCUCUCUGCUUUGGCCCAUGUGCAAUGAAUAUUUCUGUGAGGGGGUGGAAGAAUUAUGUCACUAGGAAUGACUUUCACUUACUUUCAUUGCUCAUUUGUCACCAGAAAAGAGUGCUUUAUCAGUAUGAUGCAAAGGCUCAUUGAAUCUGAUCUUAUGAAACAGUGAUUCUCAACCUGGGUAAUGACCCAGUUUUGGGUUGUGUGGCUAUGAAAACUAUCUAGCACCUUACGCUCUCACUAUUUCAAGUUGCUGCAUUUCUCCCACCCUUCUUGCUCAAUCUGCUCAUCUUCAAGCAUUAAGGCAGUAGCCCUACAUGCAAUAGGAGAACAUAUUUCUGUAAGUAUACUGAAAAUAUCUUAACCCACAAGCCCAGUGAUGACAGGAUACUUUCCCCCUCAGCAAGUUGCUCCUUCACCAAGCUACCAGGUCCUGGAAAGGUCACCUUUCAUAUUACUUAAUCUUAACCAGAAAAGGGUUGAGGACCACUGUAAAUGUGUGUAUGUAAACUCAUACAGCUUUACCUGUGUCACAGCCAUCACAGUAUAGUUUCUGGUCAGCAAAAGCUGCUACUUAACUCUUAACCAAUGCACUGUAGAUGCCAUGAGUGGACCAAGAGGGAAGCAGUUUUGUAGAACUUACCUUUGCAGUCCAUGAGUAUAUCCAGCUCAGCCCAUCCUGUGUUCCUCUGUAUCAAUGUUCCAUGGAAACAAUUGUGCUUUAAUGAAUUUGUUCAGACAUGGUUCUUCUACCUGUGACUCCAUGUUGUUGAGUUUCUGUAUUAAAAAAAGAUCACUCACA